CUGGCUGUUUAGUGAUCAGCGCUGCAAUUGAGCUGAACGAUCAGCGAUCGCCACAGCCAGGAACCGCUUAAUGUGGAUUUAAUUGCAACUGGAGGCCCCAUAUAUAUAGGGCCAAAAUAAGACCCCAUCUCAAACUCUGUAACGAAAAUGUCGAAUAUUGGGAUCUUGCUGUUGUUCAUCUGUGUGGCCUUUGAGUCAGCUUUCGCCUGUAAUGGAUACAAGGCAAAGAUUCUGAAGAUGGAAAACUGUGCGGGUGAUGACGCCAUCAUCACAGUGGAUGAAAAUUUCGGCGUUAAGCUGAAUAAAAAGUGCGAAUUGAUUCCCACGGGCUGCGUAAUGAACAAGGCAUUCAACACCGCUGUGAUCAAGUAUAAGGUGCAGAAGGAUGGCAUUAUGAUAAAGGAGGGCAAAAUGGAUAUGUGUGCCGCUGCCGAUCAGGCGUCCUCUGAUGCAAAGGACAUGCUCAAGGUGUUCGGUGCUCCAUCCAGUUGCCCCGUGGUCGAGGAGAAGAUCUGCGCCAACGAUCAUACCGUCGAUCUGACCAAGUACAAAGCCAUGCUGGGCAUGGCUCGUGGUCAUCUCAUAAUCGAUUCCGAGAUUAAGCACGAUACUGGAAAAUCCUGUUUCCAUGCUGAAGUCGAAAUUGUGAAGAAGUAGAGAUCCCAUUUAUCCGAUAUUAUAUUAUGAGUCUUGCAAACUAGCUGUAUCUUUCCUUGUAAUAAAUAAAACAUAUUGGUAAUGGAGUGCACAAAA